GUUUCUCCGCGUGUCACAGAAGCGGUUCAGUAUGAGUGUAGCGAUGAACUAACUUGGACGUUCCGGUCGCGUUUCUCUGCAGUCUGUCGAGAAAGUGGUCAUCGGCCAUCGGAUGAAACAUAGCCGCAGCCGGAGUGUAAUAGGGAACUUGCCAAGCGUGUCUUGAUUGUCAUGCUUAUUCACAGGUGGUCGCGAAAUGCCUACGGUGUCAGUGAAUAGAAUUGCAAAACGAUCGAUAGCCAAAAAAUUAUUAUCCGAAAAACAAGUGUUUCAAAUCUGUUCAACCAAAUUGUGUUAAUUGAUGCGUGAAAAAGGGUUUUUGAAAUUGACAUUUAGAGAUUGAAAUCACGCAUUGCGCGUAUUGAAGCGUGCCAAAUUUUGGCACCAAUCCAAACCAGUGCACCUAGGGAGAGGUGUUCCCGUACGUGUGUAAAACGCCCCUGAAAGUGUAAAUAAAAUAGAGAAAAAACAAAUAGCCAAAUAGCAAAAUAAAACCCGUGUAAACGUGCCGUUACCGCAGUAUAAAAAAAAUCUAACAAAAACAACUUCGAUUGCACAUAAGGCGUCAGCGCCCAGCUAGCGGCGGUGUUUUGCAGUUGUGCUUCCGUUGUUCCUCCUUCAGGGCGGCCCAAGUUCAAGGUUUAACGGGGCGUAAUAUAACAGCAGCAACGACGACGACGACGAUGAUGAUUGCUGCCGGAGAAUCGAUAUCCAUUAAAUAGUUUCCUCAAUCAAGAUAAUGGUGACGCACGGUCAACCGCCCAACAACGCUACGACGACAGCCACAUCCUAGGCUCUAGAAGCGGCACUACGCAGAACAACGAAAAACCACACGACAACGACAGAUUCCGUUCCGGAGGCAGGAUCAAGCGCCGGACGCCGGCACCGGUCCCGGUUACGUCGGUCAACCCCUCCGCGUCAUGUUCGUGGGUCGGCCGAAAAUUGCUUCCAUCGUCGCAGCCGGGAGCCCGGUUUCCCACCGAAUCGGGGCCGAAAAAGUAGUGCACAAUUCAACUACACGAACUCUUCUAAAGUGAAGCCGCUUACAGCUGCAACAGUGGAGUGCGUUAAUUUCGUAGCGUGUUUAAAGAUAGAUCCGAAUGUUGAACAUUACCGGAUCGGAAGGUUUCAAAGUGUGCCUGUGUGCGGGGCAGGACUCGUGUUGAAAAAUUUCCGUCGGGCCUAGACUCGCCAGUUGCCGUAUAGAAGGACGGUUACAGAAGAGGGAAAAACCUGAAAAAAAAUACAGCACAACUUCGGGUCUGGUUAUAUAAUGAGAGGUCGACGAAUUCCAAUUGCAUUGCCAAACACAGGUGCCCUGUCUCGUAGACGCCACGCCCUUUACAUCCGGUCAGCGAUCAUUCUCUUCAUACUGUUUGCAUUCCUACAAUUCCACGUCAUCAAUUAUGACUCAAACGAAUCGGGACCAUCGGACAAUGCCAACUACUCGACGGCAGCGAUCCUGCAGAUGGUGCCACCGGUAUUCCAUAAAUAUCUGACAUCGAAAGGCCGCAAUGCCACGCACGGUCAAAACGGCACCCAGCUCGGGAUGGGCGAUGGCGCCCUGCGGUCAGCCAACAUCAGUGAAAUCCUCCGCAUGAUACACCGGUACAACGAACUGCAGACGAUCCUGAACGAGGACAUCUUCGGUCCGUUACAAAAUGAUUCUGUGAUAAUAGUAGUGCAGGUACACAAAAGGAUAACCUAUCUACGCCAUCUAAUCGUCAGCCUAGCACAAGCCAAGGACAUUUCCCGGACAUUGUUGGUUUUCUCCCAUGACCACUUUGAUGACGAUAUCAACGAUUUGGUGCAGAGCAUAGAUUUCUGCAAAGUAAUGCAGAUAUUUUAUCCUUUUUCAAUACAAACGCAUCCAAAUGAAUUUCCCGGUGCGGAUCCGGGUGACUGUCCCAGGGAUAUCAAGAAGGAGCAGGCGCUGUUACGAAAAUGCAACAAUGCACUGCAUCCGGACCUUUAUGGCCACUACCGGGAGGCUAAAUUUACCCAAACAAAGCACCACUGGUGGUGGAAGUCGAAUCGGGUGUUCGACCAGCUAGAAGUUACCAAAUACCACACGGGUUUGGUGGUCUUCCUGGAGGAGGACCACUACGUGGCGGAGGAUUUCCUCUACAUCCUAGAGCUGAUGCAGCAAAAGUCGCACGAGCUGUGCCCCAAGUGUAAUAUUUUAUCGUUAGGAACAUAUCUUAAGACUUUCAACUACUACACCUACAAUAAGAAGCAGCAAAGGCAACUCCAACAGCAACUUCAACGUCAACAGCAAACCAAUGGCGGUACGGGUGCCAGUGGUGGUCAAUUCACCACCGAAAAGUACCCCUCCCAAUCCCAGUGGGGCUACCAGGUGCUACCGACACUUUAUUCCAUAUACCAAAAGGUUGAAGUAACGCCAUGGAUCAGCAGCAAGCACAACAUGGGCAUGGCCUUCAACCGAUCCACGUGGCACGAGAUAACGCACUGCGCACGCCACUUUUGCGAGUACGACGACUACAACUGGGACUGGUCCCUGCAGCACGUGUCCCAGCAGUGCCUGAAGCAGAAGCUUCACGUCAUGGUCGUCAAGGGUCCCCGCGUCUUUCACAUCGGGGAAUGCGGUGUUCACCACAAGAAGAGCAACUGUGAGUCCAACCAGGUGAUCUCCAAGGUGCAGCAAGUGCUGCGGGUGGCCCGUCGUUCUCGGCAACUGUACCCGAAAUCGAUCUCGCUCAUGAUGGCCAGCGUAGCCAAGAAAACCAAGCUUCGCAAGGGCAACGGCGGCUGGGGCGACCAGCGGGAUCAUCAGCUGUGCUUCAACAUGACUCUUAUAGGGCGGUAAUCCGCCCCCUGGUGGCACGAAGUGACCCACAGCUGAAAGUAUGACUGACUUUAGAAGACUUGGACGUUAUACCAGAUUUAUCUGCACAGCGAAUUACAGGCCGAGUAACGCUGUCAUUAGUGGUGCACUAGAGAUUAGCGAUUCCUAAAUAUUCGUGUAAGGUUUGUAUAUUAUGGAAAAGAUACAAAAAAAAAAACGAAAGAUCAUAGUCGAAGAUUGCUGUCAAACGUGUAAAGAGAAUCAAAUCAUUAAGAUUUUAAAUUAUGGUUCUGUUUUAACAUUUGUACCUUUGAUUUCGAUGCCAAUUUUGAACACUAGUUAGAAUAUAAUGAUUUCCUUGCAAGGAAUUAUGCAGCUAGGGAUCGUGAAAUAAAACGCCAAGAAACACAAACAUGCGUAAAAAUAUUCCAUCCUCAAUACGUAUCGCAUCUUUAAUCUUACAUUAAUUAUUUCAUUAGUCUCUACAGUUAGAAACCAGUUCUUGUUACAAUUGUCUAAAUUGAUUUGGAGUUAUAACUAGCUACAGAUAUACUCUUCCUCUAUAUCUCGUAUCAAAGUUGAAAAAAAAGAGUUCCUUGUCGGACUAUGGUAGUUCCUAGGAAAAUUGUACGGCAAACGACGAAAGUAGGUCUACAAAAUUUCCAUUCGUGGCAAGCGUUUUAGUUUAAUCUGUCCCUCUAUCCUAUCUACUCAUUCCGUAUACUAGAAAAGUUGCGCAGCAGCUGGUUCCAGUCUAGAAUGCCGAAGCCGACGACCCCCACGUAAAACAAAGCAAAUGUAACCACAAAAUCGAAACAAUAAAGUCCACAAUAAAACGAAACAGAUGUAAGAAAAGUAGCAAACUUGUACCAAAAUGCACGAAAUUUUUCUUAUAUAUACAUAGCAUGAAAAGACAACAAAAAAAAACAAACAAAGAAACAAUAUACCAAACCGAUAAGAUUUAAAGAUAAAGCAUAACGAGAAGAGAAAAAAAACAGUUGCAGAACGCACACCUCAAUACAAGCUUCUGCCAACAUUGUUUUUUACUCUAGAAUUCUGCAUCCAAAGGUUUUUUUAGAUUAAAUUUCCACACAUCAUCUAGUCGUUCUCAAUAUGUACGGUGUAGUAGCAAACAGGCAAACAACAAACAAUAAUAAUUGAUUGGACCCAACCGAUUCGCGUUAAGUGAGCUGUUUUGCAGUCUAGGCAGGAUAUGUUUUUGUUCGCUGUUGUCGUUGUUUUAUUAGUUUUUUAAGUUACUUCUAGCUAGAAGCGAUAAUGUGUACGAGAGAAGAAAAAAUAAAAUAUCCAAGACUACAAUUGCCAAGAACCAGAAAAAAAUUGGGUAGUGCUCUUACUGCUUCAGUAGGAUGAUGCACAAACUUUCACCGUACUGAAACCGAGUCUAGCGAACCAAGCAGUACAGGGGUUAAACAGUCCCCUACUCACGUUUAGAACGUAAGCUAUAUGAUUGUAUAGAGCGCAUUUUGAAAAAAAGGUGUACAAGACAGAAAUAUGUGUUAUAAAAUAGUCUGACGAAA